GAGUGGAGAUCAGGGGAAGGUUAGGAAACUGACGCAUUGGGAGCAGAUAGACGAUGGCAUUCAAUUCACUUCCACCAGAAAGUUCUUAACAGUGGUUCCCAUUAUAUUGUUUUUUCUGACGAGUUUUUACACGAAAUACGAUUCCUUCCACUUUGUGGUCAACUUUGUAGCCCUUCUGUUGGUUUUGUUACCAAAAUUACCACAAUUUCAUUGCGUCAGACUCUUCGGCAUCAAUAAGUACUGAACCCAACUGUCUGUCCCGACACAUCGAGUGCUGUACUUCCGUAAUGAUAUGAAUUUGAAUUAAUUUUUUAAUAACUUUUGUUAGUUAUAUGAGUAAUAAUCAAAUAAUGACAACAAAGUGAAAAUAUAAUUAUUAUUGUAUUUACUGUUAAU